AUGCGUAUUCGCCUUCAGUGUUGCAGGAGACCACAAGGUAAGCGACCCCCAGGUCAGCUGAAUGUUGCCUUGUUGUCUCUGCCCGCUCACCAUCUUCAUUUCAGCAAUGAGCUAGCUCAACGGCUAGACAACCUUCCUAUCGCUGCCGACGCCGCCGCUGCCGAGAACGCCUCCGUGGAGAACCGCUGGUGUCAACUGCGAGACACGGUCCAGUCGACGGCGCUCGCCGUCCUCGGUCGCGCUCCCCGCCAACACCAGGACUGGUUCGACGACAACGACGCCGCCAUCAGAAAUCUGCUUGCUGAGAAGAACCGCCUACACAAAGCCUACGUAGAUCACCCCACUGACGACAACAAAGUUGCUUUAUACCGCAGUCGCCGCCAGCUCCAACAGCGACUGCGCGAGAUGCAGGAUGCCUGGACUGCUCGUAAAGCUGAGGAGAUCCAAGGCUACGCGGACCGCAACGAAUGGAAGAACUUCUUCUCUGCGAUCAAAGCUGUCUACGGUUUGCCGACAAAGGGCACUGCUCCUCUCCUCAGCGCCGAUGGUAGUACUCUCCUGACUGAGAAGACACAAAUCCUGCCGCGAUGGACCGAGCAUUUUCGAGGCGUCCUCAACCGCCCUUCCGCCAUCUCCGACGCCGCCAUCGCGCGUUUUCUGCAAGUGGAGACCAACGCGGACCUCGACCUCCCGCCAUCUCUUCAGGAAACCAUCAGGGCCGUGCAGCAGCUCUCUAGCGGGAAAGCACCCGGAGCGGACGCGAUCCCUUCUGAGGUCUACAAGCACGGAGGUCCCCAACUCAUGGAUCACCUGACUGCGCUCUUCCAGGAGAUGUGGCGUCAAGGCGAAGUCCCGCAAGACUCCAAAGACGCAACAAUCGUGCACCUAUACAAGCGAAAAGGGAAUCGCCAAAUCUGCGACAAUCACCGCGGCAUCUCCCUGCUGAACAUCGCCGGGAAGAUCUUCGCUCGCAUCCUUCCCAACCGCCUCAAUAACCAUCUCGAACAGGGUCUACUGCCGGAAAGCCAAUGCGGCUUCCGUCGUCAUCGUGGGACCACGGAUAUGAUAUUCGCCUCCCGUCAACUUCAGGAGAAGUGUCAGGAGAUGCGGACCCACCUGUACUCUACCUUCGUGGACCUGACCAAAGCCUUCGACACGGUGAAUCGUGAAGGACUGUGGAAGAUCAUGCAGAAAUUCGGCUGUCCGGAGCCAUUCACUCAGAUGGUGCGUCAGCUGCACGACGGUAUGAUGGCGCGAGUCACGGACAACGGAGCUGUCUCAGAGGCAUUCGCAGUGACCAACGGAGUGAAGCAGGGCUGA